AUGUUUUGUGUGAAGAAAUGUUUGACUCGUGUCUCGAGUGAAACCAUCCGAAGACAAUCGCAUGUAUUGUCCGCUCAAACAGUUCUGGGAAUCGAGACAUCAUGUGAUGAGACGGGGAUAGCAGUGGUCGACAGCGACCGACAAAUACGAUCACAAGUCUGUCGGUCGCAACUCAAGACCCAUCUGUCAAACGGCGGAAUCAUUCCUCCGGUGGCCAAACAGAUGCACCAGAAGUGUAUCGACGACUGCGUGCGGCUCUGUCUACAAGAGGCGGAUCUGAGGGCUGACCAGUUGUCUGCGGUGGCCGUUACUGUCAAACCCGGUCUUCCGCUGUCGUUAGUGAUCGGCAGGAAUUACGCCAAGACUUUAGCGCUGAAGUACUCGUUGCCAGUGAUUCCCAUCCAUCACAUGGAAGCGCACGCCUUAAUGGCGACCAUUGAUAACCCAAGCCUUGACUUUCCGUUCAUAACUCUAUUGAUAUCCGGCGGUCACUGUCUUCUGGCGAUUGUCCGUAAUAUCACUCGUUAUGAUCUGUUGGGAGAGUCUAUAGACACGGCUCCGGGAGAACUGAUGGACAAAAUCGCGCGACGCCUAAGACUUCGCAAUUUGGGUCCGCCUUUCGAUGGCAUUAGCGGCGGAGCGGCCGUCGAGUUGUGCGCCAAAAGCGGGGAUCCGUUUAAAUACUUUACAGACGUAAACAGUUAUCCAUUGUAUACCUCUCACCGCCGGUGCUGUGGAUUCAGUUUCUCCGGCUUUCAUACCCACGCCUUUCAAGUGAUCGAAAGGUUGGAGAAGAAGUCGGGGACAGAACCCGACCGCGUGUUGGUUGAGGCCAACGACAUCUGUGCGUCCAUUCAAUACGCCAUCACUUUUAUGUUCAUUAAGAGACUUCAGAGGGCUUUCCUUUACAUCAAAGCCAACCAUUUGUUUGAUGAAAAGCCUAUAAAACUGGUGAUUAGCGGCGGUUGUGCUGCGAAUCAGUUCAUCACGACUGCCAUCACAAACUACUGUCAAUCUGUAGAUAUCCAAGUGUUGACCCCUUCAAAGAGUUUGUGUUCCGAUAACGGGGUUAUGAUUGCAUGGAAUGGUGUCUUAAAACUCAUUAAUGAACACAACUAUUCAGAUGUCGUCCUAAGAGACCAACGAAUGAUUGAAAGUCUCGAUAUCUCUGGGAAGGCAUUGUUUGGCGAAGACAUUAGCCAUCAUGUCAUUCAACAACACAUCAAAUGUGACAGUUUUGAUGUCAAACAGUUUAUUAAUACACAAUAA